CGUGUUGGAAGCCACGGCUGGAGCCGGGAGGAUGGCAGCUCCGCGAGUGUUCCCACUUGCCUGUGUGGUGCAGCAUUAUAGCUGGGGGAAGAUGGGUUCCAACAGCGAAGUGGCACGUCUGCUGGCCAGCAGUGACCCACUGGUCCAGAUCUCAGAGGACAAACCCUAUGCAGAGCUGUGGAUGGGAACCCAUCCCCGGGGAGAUGCCAAGAUCCUUGACAACCGCAUCUCCCAGAAGACCCUAGGCCAGUGGAUUGCUGAGAACCAGGACUGCUUAGGCACAAAGGUCAAGGACACCUUUAAUGGCAAGCUGCCCUUCCUCUUCAAAGUGCUCUCUGUUGAAACGGCCCUGUCCAUCCAGGCACACCCUAAUAAGGAGCUGGCAGAGAAGUUGCACCUCCAAGCUCCACAGCACUACCCUGAUGCCAACCAUAAACCAGAGAUGGCCAUUGCCCUCACCUCCUUCCAGGGCUUAUGUGGCUUCCGGCCAGUUGAGGAGAUUGUAAACUUUCUGACAAAGGUACCUGAAUUCCGGUUUCUGAUUGGAGAAAGUGCGGCAACACAGCUGAAGCAAAGCAUGAGCCGUGACGCACAGGCCGUGUCCUCUGCUCUGCAGAACUGUUUCUCCCACCUAAUGAAGAGUGAGAAGAAGGUGGUGGUAGAGCAGCUCAAUGUGCUGGUGAAGCGGAUCUCCCAGGAAGUGGCUGCUGGACACAACAUGGAAGAGGUCUGUGGGGAGCUCUUGCUGCAGCUGCACCAGCAGUAUCCAGGUGAUAUCGGGUGUUUUGCCAUCUACUUCCUGAACCUGCUUAGCCUGAAGCCGGGGGAGGCCAUGUUUCUGGAGGCCAACAUGCCCCACGCCUACCUGAAAGGAGACUGUGUGGAGUGCAUGGCAUGCUCAGACAACACGGUGCGUGCUGGCCUCACACCCAAGUUCAUCGAUGUGCCAACCCUGUGUGAAAUGCUCAGCUAUACCCCUGGCCCCAGCAAGGACAGGCUCUUCCCUCCAGCACGGAGUCAGGAAGACCCCUACCUCUCUGUCUAUGACCCCCCUGUGCCAGACUUCACUGUCAUGAAGAUGGAGGUCCCUGGCUCUGUCACUGAAUACAAGGUCUUGGCACUGGACUCUGCCAGCAUCCUCUUGCUGGUGCAGGGGACAGUGACAGCCAGCACUCCUACAGCCCAGGCGGCAAUCCCCCUAAAGCGUGGCGGGGUGCUCUUCAUUGGUGCCAAAGAGAUGGUCUCGCUGCAGCUCACUGCGCCUGAGGGCCUGCUCAUGUUCCGUGCCUGCUGUCUGCUGUAGAGGACACGGCCUCCUGCUCUCCUCUGCCAGGCGCCUGAAAUCUUGGCCCAGCCCAAACCCCUUCACUGCUCUGGACUCUUUGGGUAUGUCCUAGAAGAGAUGGGGUACAGGAACGAGCUUGGCGGUACACCUCCUGAGCUCGCCUCGGCAGAACCAUCUUUCUGGGAGAGGGCCCACAUGAGCAAGAAGGGCUAACUAACACUCCUCUCGCUGUAGCAUCUCUUUGCCAUGGCUGACCCCAGCCCCCUCAUUGCAGGAGGCAGCAGCUCUGUUCCAGCCUCCAGCACUGGGCAGGCUGGUGACAUCUGAUUAGUUCAGCAUUAAUUACAUCAAAAGGCUAAGUAAUUAGCUUCUAGGAACAGGGUACUGGCCCUGAGACUGCCCGUUUCCUCAGCUGUAAGGGAAGGAGGCUAGGUGUGUAGACUAAUGUGCCCAUCGUUACCCUUUUGCUCUGCCCAAGCAAUUAAAGAUCAAGUCUGUUGGUGUGUUCAGGCUGUGGGGUAAAAACGUCA